AUGUCAGUAAGAACUUGGAAUAACAGACACAACAGCGGUAGCCUGGAAGGCUGUCAGAAGACCUCAUCGCCAAUUGGCCUCACCCAUAGCAGCCGACUUAAAGUGCACUUGAAGUCAAACACGUCAGAGUGUGAAAAUCGUGACCCAUUAUUGAGUGCUGGAAGCAAACCCAGAGACAUAAAUAGCACUUACGUUAUCUCCGCCUGUAAAAAAUCAAGUGAGGUGCCCGUUACCCCUGACUCCAGUAGACUGACCCUUCAGAGAAGGGCUACUUGGAACAAAGAAUCGUCUUUACUUGGUAGUGAGUUGGGAGACACUACUACUAGAAAAACAACAGAUACAAGUCUUAGGCUACAACGUCGUCACGCGAACACAGGUUUUGUGGGAAAGAUGGAAACGACAUACACGGUGGGAGGUGACACGGAAAACAGCCGCGCUCCACAGGCCACUAGGACAAAAGCAGAACUUGUAAGUAACAACACGCGUGCCGUGUCUGUAGUUUCCGGGGAAGGCUCAAAUGACAUUGGAGUGACGGUUGGUGAAAAACGCACAGACGCAUUUCCUGCCCUCAGUUCCGUAAAUGAAAGGGGGGCAGUUAAGAACUCAAACAGCAGAGCGCCUGGGGGUUCCCAGUGUCAAGCUGGUGCUGUGAGAUCAGGUCACCCAGCAGUGAAACCGGUGGCCGUGGCCAGCAAGCUGGAUGUCCAAGUGUCAGGAGCAGGAGACUCACACCAUGGCAAUACUGCUAAGGACAUUGCAAAAAAUGUCAAUAAAUUUGGAAGCUUAGAAACAAGGACCCCAGGGAAAUGUGUUCCAGAACACAGACUGGCGCCAAGGCAUGACCUGCCUCCACCGAAAAGCCCGGCUGUAUCAUCCCUGAAAAACAGGAUGGCAAGCCCUCAGGUUAAACCCAGGCCCAAAAGUUCUCUUCUGGCAAAUAAAAGGGAACGAUCCCAAGAAAGCACACUCCCUCCAGAAGAAAAAUCCGCAGUUCAGAAUACCUUCGCAGAAGCAGACUCCUUCAGAGUAGAAAACAGCCAAGUGACGGUGGCGGUGCGGGUGAGGCCUUUCAGCAAACGAGAGAAGAUGGAGAAAGCAUCCCAGGUUGUCUUCAGGAAUGGGGAAGAAAUAACCGUGGAGCAUCCCGAGAUGAAACAAGUUUAUAGUUUUGUCUACGAUGUUUCGUUUUGGUCUUUUGAUGAGGGUCACCCUGACUAUGCUAGCCAGACGACUGUGUACGAGACGCUGGCAGCACCGCUCCUCCAGAGAGCUUUCGAAGGCUAUAACACCUGUCUCUUUGCUUAUGGCCAGACUGGCUCUGGGAAGUCCUAUACGAUGAUGGGACUUAAUGAAGAACCAGGAAUAAUUCCGAGAUUUUGUGAAGAUCUUUUUGCCCAAGUAGCCAAAAAACAAACCUCGGAGGUCAGCUACCAUCUUGAAAUGAGCUUUUUUGAAGUUUAUAAUGAGAAGAUUCAUGACCUUCUGGUUUGUAAAGGUGAAAAUGGGCAGAGAAAACAACCACUGAGAGUGAGGGAACAUCCUGUUUCUGGACCGUACGUUGAAGCCCUGUCGAUGAAUGUUGUCAGUUCUUACUCUGAUAUUCAGAGUUGGCUGGAACUGGGAAAUAAGCAAAGAGCAACGGCGGCUACCGGCAUGAACGAUAAAAGCUCCCGGUCCCACUCAGUUUUCACCCUGGUGAUGACCCAGACCAAGACAGAAUUCGUGGAAGGGGAAGAGCAUGACCACAGAAUCACAAGCCGCAUAAACCUCAUAGAUUUGGCUGGCAGCGAGCGCUGCUCUGCAGCCCACACGAGUGGGGAGCGACUGAAGGAAGGUGUAAGCAUUAACAAGUCCUUGCUGACUCUGGGGAAGGUCAUAUCUGCACUCUCUGAGCAAGCAAAUGGAAAAAGGAUUUUUAUUCCAUAUCGUGAAUCCGUUCUUACGUGGCUCUUAAAAGAAAGCCUGGGUGGGAAUUCCAAAACAGCAAUGAUUGCUACCAUCAGUCCUGCUGCCAGCAACAUCGAGGAAACACUAAGCACACUUAGAUACGCCACCCAAGCCCGCCUGAUAGUCAAUAUCGCCAAAGUCAAUGAAGAUAUGAAUGCAAAGUUAAUUAGAGAACUGAAAGCAGAAAUUGAGAAGUUAAAAGCUGCUCAGAGAAACAACCGGAAUAUUGACCCUGAACGGUAUAGACUCUGCCGACAAGAGAUAACAUCCUUGCGGAUGAAGCUGCAUCAGCAGGAGAGAGACAUGGCAGAGCUGCAAAGAGUAUGGAAGGAAAAGUUCGAACAAGCUGAGAAAAGAAAACUUCAAGAGACAAAGGAAUUACAGAAAGCAGGAGUUACGUUUCAAAUGGACAACCAUCUGCCAAACCUUGUUAAUCUCAAUGAAGACCCACAGUUGUCAGAGAUGCUACUCUACAUGAUAAAAGAAGGCAUCACUACAGUUGGGAAGUAUAAGCCAGACUCAAGCCACGACAUCCAGUUAUCCGGAGUGCUGAUUGCUGAUGACCACUGUACCAUCAGAAAUUUUGGAGGAACAGUGAGUAUUGUCCCAGCUGGAGAAGCAAAGACAUAUGUAAACGGGAUGCACAUUUCAGAGCCCACAGUAUUACAUCAUGGUGAUCGGGUGAUUCUUGGUGGAGAUCACUAUUUUAGAUUUAAUCACCCAGUGGAAGUCCAGAAAGGGCUAAGACCGUCAAGUAGACAAACUAUCACAAGCGAAGGUCCAAAAGAUUUUGAGUUUGCCAAAAAUGAGUUACUUAUGGCACAGAGAUCACAGCUUGAAGCAGAAAUAAAAGAUGCCCAGCUGAAGGCAAAGGAAGAAAUGAUGCAAGGAAUUCAAAUUGCCAAAGAAAUGGCUCAGCAAGAGCUUUCUUCCCAAAAAGCUGCUUAUGAAAGCAGAAUCCGAGCCCUGGAAGCAGAACUGAGGGAAGAGUCUCAAAGGAAGAAAAUGGAGGAAAUAAAUACCCAAAAGGCUAAUGACAAAAUUGAGGAGCUGGAAAAGGCAAAGCAGCAUCUUGAGCAGGAAGUGUAUGUGAACAGAAGGCGGCUGGAGAUGGAGACUUUGGCUACAAAGCAGGCUUUAGAAGACCAUAGCAUCCGCCAUGCAAGAAUCCUAGAAGCUUUAGAGACUGAAAAGCAGAAAAUUGCUAAAGAAGUACAAAUUCUUCAGGAGAAUCAGGGAAAUAGGGAUAAAACGUUUAUAAUUCAGCCAAACUGGAGCUCCAUGAAACUCUCCAUGAUGAUCCAGGAAGCCAAUGCCAUCAGUGACAAACUUAAAAAAUACUAUGUUUUUGGCAGACAUGAUACAUCAGGCAGAGGUCACUCUGAUACCUCUGUUCGCGUUCGUAACCUGCAGCUUGGAAUCUCAACUUUCUGGAGUCUGGAAAAGUUUGAAUCUAAACUUGCAGCAAUGAAAGAGCUUUAUGAGAAUGAUGGUGGUAACAGGGCUGAGGAUGUCUAUUGUGAUCCUGAAGAUGAGUGGGAACCUGACAUUACGAGCACGCCAGUUUCUUCCCUUUCUAGAAGGAGGAGCAGAAGUUUGAUGAAGAACGGGAGGAUUUCUGGUUGUUUCCAUGACAUACAGGUCCAUCCGAUUCAGAACCUGCAUGCUUCACACUCGUCAGGUUUAAUAGAAAAAUCAAGCGCCAUUUACUCAAAUUCAUCAGAACCCUUUCUUCCUGGAAUUUGCAAAGAAUUGAUCGGUUCGUCAAUAGACUUUCUUGGACGGAAUUAUGAUGAAGAAAAAACUAUAGCAGACAGCCUGAUGAACAAUCUUCUUAAACUUUAUGACGGGCUGCGUGCCAUUUCCAAAGCCCAUGAAGAACAGGAUGAAGAAAGUCAGAAUAACUUGUUCUCUUCUGACCGGGCAGCUCAGGCCCUCACCGUCCAGAUGGCUUGUGCCUUUGAGCAGCUUGUGGUUUUGUUCAAACACUGGCUGGAUGAUUCUCUACCUGGUACCCGCUCAGCAAGGCUUGAAGAUGAAUUGAGACAAGAUAUUAAAAAGCUGGGAGGCUAUUUACAAUUGUUUUUGCAGGGGUGCUGUUCGGAUAUUUCAUCAAUGGUACAAGAGGCUCAAAACAAAGUCAUCCAGGUGAUACUGCAGGCUGUUCAGUGUGUGGCUCAGCUGGCCAUUCUGAAAGGGAGCAGGCUCUGUCUUCUGGAAAACAGCAAGAGUUCCAGUGCCCGGGUAAUGUAUACUGAAUUCACAACUGCUCUCCAGGAAGGCAUAGCCUUGGGGCUGAAGAGUCUCUUAGAUUCUGGGCUGGAAAAAGCACAGGAACUCGAGCGAGACCUCUCCAGGCAGAGUGCACAUGAGGAGGUCGCCAAGCGGAUGAAGGCUAAUGCCGUGGAACUGGUCAAGUCUCUUGGGAACACCUUUGCUGAAUGGAGACUAAAAAGCCUCAGAACUCAAGUACAAGAAGGUUCUAGGCAACAAGGUUCCAGGAUGGUAACUCUCGCAUCAGAGUUCUUGAAGUUAAAAUGUUGUCUGGAGAAAACUGUUGAGAUUAUUACGUCUGCACUGAGAGGGUGCCCUAGUGACCUGCACUGUCUCAGAAACUGUACUGAAACGCUCUGCACCCUGGCUCCCAAGCUCCACAGUGAUGUCGUUGGGCCCUCUGCCUCUGCUGGCAGCGGUGGGAAACUAGAAACUCUAGCCAAAUCUCUCCUCUUCUGUUUUGAACGUGGAGAAAGACCUGGUUUGUUGAAACCCCAGGAAUCUCAUAAUCAGCAAAGCGCGGGAGAGCAGUGUGAGUCAGGCGGGGCUGACUGCAGCGGAGGCGUGCCAGCGUGUGCUGGUGAACCCCACAGAGACACGUCCCCAGCAGUGUCCUCACAGGCCUGCGCCCCCAAAAAGAUUCAGUGGGUGUGA